CGAGUGAAAGGUUGAGGAAAUAUUGAGGUUUGGUGUCAUUGUUAUCAAAAUAAAGAAAAUCAUCUGUGAGAAAAUUGUGUUUUCCGUGCUUUCCUGAGGAAAUCUCACAAUGGGAGCCCUUUUUGGGAAGUCAAAGAAGCCCCCGAGCAGAAUAACUGAGCAGGACAAGGCUGUCUUGCAAUUGAAGCAACAGAGGGACAAGUUGAAGCAGUAUCAGAAAAGAAUAGAACUCUCCUUGGAAAAGGAUCGUGAGCUGGCGAAGAAGUGUCUGAACACCGGCAGGAAGGAGCGCGCAAAACUCCUUCUCCGGAAGAAGAGAUACCAGGAAAAACUACUGGCAAACACAGACACUCAGCUUGAAAAUCUGGAGAAAUUGGCAUCAGACAUUGAAUUUGCUCAGGUGGAAAUCCAGGUGAUUGAGGGACUGAAGACAGGCAAUCAGGCGCUGAAGAGUCUUCAUCAAAUCCUGAAUAUCGAUGAGAUUGAGAAGAUAAUGGACGAGACGCGCGAGGGAGUUGAGAAGCAGCAGGAGCUGGACGAAAUCCUUUCGGGACGCCUUACUGAGGAUGACGAGAAUGCCAUCCUCGAGGAACUCGACAACUUGGUGGCUCUGGACGACGCUGCAAAGGCUGAGGAGGAGAUUCCCGAGGAGGACAUCUCGGAGAAACUGCCAGAUGUGCCGUCGGAUUUGCCGGAGCGCGAAAAGGCCAAGAGGCAGAAGAAGGAGGAACCAAAAGUCGCCCUAAUGGCCUGAAAAUCAUUCUUGUCAUUCGUAUUAUAAUCCGUCUCAGAGGGAUAAUAAGUGAUGCUUUGUAAAUUUAUAUCAAGCUACGAAUACACGUAAUUAUU